UUCUAGAAUUCACUCACUCCCUCACGUAGACUCUCCGCCAAACAGAAAGCUUACGUAUUCAUACAAAGACAAAUACUGCACACUGCUUCAUUUUCUUUGGUAAAACUCCCUUUCUCUCACUCUUACAUAUAAGUAACAAGAAAAAGAAGAACAACAUGAAGCUGUGUACUAAGGUGUUUCAUCUUCAUGUUAUUAUAUCUAUUCAUACUGUAAGCAUCUUCUAUCUCAUGUGCCCAUCAAUUGCUUCUAUAACAACCUUCAUUUAUGGUGGUUGUUCACAACUGAAAUAUAACCCUGGAACAACAAUAUACGAGUCAAACGUCAACUCGGUCCUCACUUCCUUAGUGAAUUCAGCCUCCAACGCCAACUUCAACAACUUCAAAAUAUCUCUACCUGGUUCAACUCAAAGUGACAUCGUUUACGGCCUCUUCCAAUGCCGUGGCGACUUGAGCAACUCUGACUGCCGGGACUGUGUGUCUAAGGCAGUGAGUCAAGUCGGUACUCUCUGCAUCUACACGGUAGGUGGCGCGUUACAAUUGGAUGGAUGUUUCGUCAAGUACGAUAAUAUUUCAUUUCUUGGUGCUGAAGACAAGGCUAUAGUCAUGCACAAAUGUGGACCUUCUUCCAGUGGUGGCGAUCCUGAUACAUUGACCCGGCGCGACGCCGUAUUGACCUACUUAUCAGCAGAGGGACUGUAUUUUAGGGUGGGUGGAUCCGGGAAAAUACAGGGUGUAGCACAGUGUACACAAGAUUUGAGUGUAGGUGAGUGUCAAGAUUGCUUGUCGGAGGCGAUCGGACAUUUGAAAAGCGAGUGUGAGUCCUCACCUUGGGGUGACAUGUUCUUGGCCAAGUGCUAUGCACGUUACUCGGAGCGUGGAUUCUCCUCCAGUAGUGGUAAGCGCCGCCACCAUGGGUGGUGGUGGUCAAUCAUUUCUGGCUUUUUUGUUAUAUAGUUCAUGGCUAUUGAGUAUUGACAAGAGGAGGUUGCUCAGAUGGUAUGCACUCCUCGCCUUCAGAUCGAAGGUUGUGAGUUCGAGUCACCAAGG